GAGGUGUCCAUCUGCUUCGCCAACCGCUCGGCCGCUCUCUUCCACCUCGGGCACUUUGAGGUUUGUUUGGAAGAUAUUGCCAGGGCUGAAAGUCAUGGCUAUCCAGACAAGCUGCUUCCCAAGGUCUUGCUGCGGAAAGCUGAAUGUCUGCUGUGUUUGGGGAGGUUACAGGAUGCAGCAGAUGCCCUCAGUGUGGUGGAGAAUAGAAUUACUAAGGAUGGGAUCAUGGCUGGUCCUACACAGCAGAUAUUGCUAAAAAAGUUAAGUCAGCUGAAGAUUAAACUCCAUGAGAAAGAGAGCUGUCCAGAGCCUGCACAAGAAGGAUGUGGUGAUGUUCAAAGAAAGUCGGAGAUCUGGGAAGAGAAUGGCAGCAUUUCAGGCGCAUCUUCAUCUUUGACCUUGAAUUUUGAUAUAGAGAGAGGACGUCACUUGGUGGCCGUCGAGAACAUCCUGCCAGGACAGAGCCUGUUGGAAGAGGAGGCCUUUGUAAGCGUGCUCUGCCCAGAGGAGAGCCACCUUCUGCAGGACAGCAGCGAAACAGCGUGGGAUACUCGAGUCACUAAUGCGGAUCUUUAUUGCCACCGCUGUCUGAGGCAGCUCUUAGCCUCAGUGCCUUGCCGGGGGUGCAGUUAUGCCAAGUAUUGUAGCCAGAACUGUGCGGACGUGGCGUGGGAGCAGUACCACAGGACAGAGUGCUCCCUGGGAGCGCUGCUUCUCACUUUAGGGGUCUUUUGCCAUGUUGCCUUGAGGACUGUUCUGCUGGCGGGAUUUGCAGAGGUUAGCAGGCUGGUGGAAUGGUCCCACCAUGGUGACAAGGACCUUCAUAACCCUGAGGCACCAGAUACCAGAGGUAUCCCUGGUUGUAACGACAAUGGUCAGUACCAGAGCUCUUACCAAGCUGUGUUCAACCUUCUGCCACACGCUGAGAAGCACAGCCCUGAACAUAAGUUCCUUUGUAUGCUGAGUGUAGUAGCGAUAUGCAGACAACUGCAAGACACUGGCCUGGAGGCUGCUCUUUUGAAUCAGGAAUCAUCUGAGAAGUGGUCCAAACCAGAGACAUGUGAAAAACGACUGGGUGAAUUGUCUCCAGAGCUGAAGACUGUGGCAGAGGCGAUGCUGAGGCAUGUGUUGCAGCUGCAGUGCAAUGCACAAGCAAUCACUGUAAUGCAGGAGUCGGUGUCCGGAGAUGGUGCUGUUGUAAACAAGAAGCCGGUGCGCCUGGCGACAGCCUUCUUUCCUGUCCUCAGCCUUCUGAACCAUUCGUGCUGUCCCAAUAUCAGCGUGGCGUUUAGUGGGACAGCUGCCACUGUCAGGGCAACGCAGCCAAUCCCAAGCGGCCAAGAGAUUUUCCAUUGCUAUGGACCUCACCAAUGUAGAAUGAAGGUUGCUGAGAGACAACGGCUUCUCGGUCAGUAUUUCUUCGAGUGUCGCUGUCGGGCAUGUCUCGAUGAGUUGGAGUCUGAUGCCAAGAGUGUGGUGUCCGCCAGAAACUCCUUCUGCUGUCCUAGCUGCCGGGCUCCAAUGCAGGGGGAAGACAUGCUUUGUUGUUCCAGUGAAGCAUGUGCAGUCUCACUCAGCAGAGAGAGCUUGUCACGCCGUUUACGGGACCUUCAGCAACAAAUGGAGAAAGCAUUAGAGCUGCUAAGAGACAAGAAGGCUGAUCAGGCUAUCAAAAUGCUCCUGCAGUGUCAGAAGGAUGCUGGAAACUUCUUGUCUCCAGAGCAUUUGCUGAUGGGAGAGAUGGAGGAUCAUCUGGCACAAGUCUAUGCUACUCUUGGGAAGUGGCAGGAAGCAGCCAGACACCUGGAGAGGAGUAUUGAGAUUGUGGAAAUGCAUCAUGGGCCAUCAAGUGCAGAAUUAGGUCAUGAACUUUUCAAGCUGGCACAAAUUCUCUUCAAUGGAUUUGCAGUUUCUGAAGCUCUGAGCACAAUUGAAAGAGCAGAGGAGAUUUUGUCAGUGCACUGUGGUCCUCAGAGUGCUCAGAUCCAGGAACUACAAGAGAUGAAGACGUGUCUGUUGGAGCUUCCAAGAAGCAUCCUUCAGAGGACUUAAUUUUCCUGUCAAAGGAAACUGCAAUGUGAUCUUUCAUCAAAGCUAAGUUUCAUGUGGUAAGGUAGUCCCAUAGUACAAGCUGGAAAAUCAGAUGUAACAACUUGAGUGAAAUCUGAAAUGCUCUUUAGUGAGACUGUUGUAAAUAAAAUGAGCAAUUCUAAUGUGA